GGGAGGUUCCUCAAUAUCUGGAUUGGUGAGGCGACCAAGCAAUCAUCACAUGGUCAUCAUGUCUAGAGGACAUUUCAUUCAGUGCUGAUGGCGUGACCUCAACAUAUGAGACCAUCGCGCACAACUGUAAGGUACAGAGAGGGUCCAGGAGGCGGAGCGCGAGGCUGUGGGCUGCGGGCUGUCAAACCAACCAAUCACCCGUCGCGGAACUCCGCGCACCCAGCCAAAGCCGCCACGUCGCUUAACUCUCACAGAUCGUUUCCACUAUGCCUCAAGCUGUGCAAUGGCAUGUACCCUCCUUGCCCCUGUGGCCGGAUGAUAUUGAAUUUCAGUACUCCAUCGGAUGAAAAGACGUGCGAGCUGCGCCCGAUGGUGAACGGCUGGUUGAGGCCUCCACCCGGCGAAGCAAAUUCACCAUGAAAUGAACGCCGACACAUAUGAACAGUACAAGUAAUGAUCUCUUCUGCCAAGUCCUUGUCAUCAUCAUUCACUUGGUUCACGAGCA